UCUUUUGAAUACCUUUUUUGAGGGGGGGGGGCAACUGUGGGAAGGGUUUAUGUGCAGUCACACGUUCUAGAUGUUUUUUUGAGGGGUGACAUCUGUGGGAAGGGUUUAUGUGCAUUCGUGCCUUGUAAAAGUAAGUAUGUUCUUUUUUUUUUUUUUUGAAAGCGUAGCAGUUUUGCGAGUACGGGCCUGAUCGUGCUUGUCCAUUCAUUGACUUGGCUGCCAUUGAGAGAGAAUGAAGGAUGUGGAGGUAACGGUCCCCAUUGCCUAUGGCACCAUCUCUUUUUGGCUUGGGAAGAAGGCCGAUGAGUACCAUUCGCACAAAUGGACUGUUUACGUCCGGGCUGUGAAUAAUGAAGACCUGUCGGCGAUCAUUAAGAAAGUGGUGUUUCAGCUCCAUCCUAGCUUCAGCAACCCGACACGGGUUGUUGAAAAUCCACCUUUCGAGCUCAAUGAAACGGGUUGGGGGGAAUUCGAGAUCGGAAUCAGCAUCUACUUCCAUCCUGACAUCUCAGACAAGCCCAUUGACAUAUUCCAUCCUUUGCGUCUCUACCCUGAAGAGGAAGGGUCUCAACCAAGCACCAAGAAGCCGGUGGUCGUUGAGUCGUACGAUGAGCUUGUUUUCACGGAGCCUUCUGAAGGCUUCCUGCAACGUAUAUUAAAUAACCCGUGCGUUCAGAUUUCUUAUGGGCCCACUGCACAGCCAAUUGCUCCGCCAGCUGAUGGUUCUGGCACAAACCCUUCAAGUGGAGAUGGAAUGCCCUCUUUGACAGCACAUCCAGAAAAGAAGGAUGGGUCGACAAAGAACCACAAUCUGGCGCAGUACUUCCUACAGCACUCGGACGAGGAGGAGCUUGCAGCCCUGCGGGAAGCUCGGAGGCAGGUUGCAGCGUCAAUCACAAAGCUGGAGAGGGACCUCGCCGCCUUGGAAUCGGAAGCAAAUAGUCUAAGGGCGCAGCCAAUGAGCUGAUCACGACCUCGUCAUUUUUUUGCCAGCCACCCUUACAGGGGCCCAUAGGAGGUACAGUUGUUCAACUUUUUUGUUGGUGAUUGCAGCAGUGCGCAGUCUAGGCGCUUUGAGUCAAUGAAUGAACUUUUGAACAAAGAUGAGAAUCGGUUAGUGGCGCUCCACUCCACUGGGUCCACCCCAUCAUACCUUUUUGCCGUGGGGUUUCCUCAGAUUUUGCGGAGGUCCUGAAGAGCUCUCACUUGUGGGCAUAACUACCUUCUUUUCCCCCGAAGGCAACGUCCGGUCAUUAUAGCUGUAUGGAUUUGGGGCAUCUUUCAGUCUAAAUACUAAAUAGUAAAUACGGCUAUAAUGA